CAUGUCCACGCGGCGCACACCGCACGGUUCAGAGUCGCUCAUCAGUCUCUCUAUCAUCAUUUACACAAUUGCCACUCAUUCCAGAUUCACAUAUCUUCAGAGCAUUGAUUGAUGGUGAUGGAUAACAGUGUCUAGUUAUAUACACACACAUACUCAUAUCUUCCGAGACAUACUCUCUUUGAUUCGAACGACCCCACACUACAAAAUGCGAAAAACGAUCCUCACCUACCUCUGCUUCCUGCUCCUCAUCCUCUGCUCCUCCGCACACGGUCGUGACCUCCGAUCUUCGUCGGAUCUGGUUUCCGAUGGCCUGCAGAGUGCGCGGGACCCGCCUUAUUUGCUUCUCAAUUCGUUCUCUGCGGCGGAGGAAACGUGUGAGCAGUCGUACGGAUUCCUGCCUUGCACCAAGACUGCUUUGGGGAACGUGUUCUUGAUACUUGUUUAUGGCUACCUCAUGUUCACGGCUGCUACGUAUUUGUCCGGUGGUAGCGAGCUGUUGCUGGAGAUUCUCGGGCCUGGUAUAAUUGGCGGCCUCUUUUUGCCAGUCCUCGGCGCGCUUCCUGAUGCAAUGCUGAUUCUCGUAUCUGGACUUUCGGGAAGUAAAGAAACUGCUCAAAGUCAGGUCUCCGUUGGAAUGGGCUUAUUGGCUGGAUCAACUGUCAUGCUUCUUACUGUCAUAUGGGGAACGUGCGUUGUUGUAGGCAAGUGUGACAUUCAUGAUUCAAUUGCAAGAGAUGGGCAGAACACAAAAGGGUUUAGCUUGACUGGCACUGGUGUUAGUACUGAUGUCUGGACAUGUUAUGCUGCAAUGAUAAUGGCUAUAUCUGUUAUCCCAUUUAUUGUUGUUCAACUGCCACAAGUCCUCCAUUCAACUUCAGGAAGACACUUAGCUGUCCUUAUUGGCCUUAUUAUAUCACUGUCAAUGUUGAUAUCUUAUUGCCUUUAUCAGGUAUUUCAACCAUGGAUCCAGAGGAGACGACUUGCUUAUGCAAAGCACAAGCAUGUGAUAUCGGGACUUUUAAAACAUUUUCAUGCGUUGGAAAAGCUCAUGACAGAUGAUGGUGAACCUGAUAUAGAAGUCAUAAAAAAGUUAUUCUUGGCAAUUGAUGCAAAUAACGAUGAACAAGUUUCUGCUGCUGAACUAAAAGCCCUGAUUAUUGGAAUCCGUUUUGAAGAAAUUGACUUCGAUAAAGAUGAUGCUGUGGCUAAAGUGAUGGAAGAUUUUGACACAUCUAGAAAUUCUGAAAUUGACAUGGAGGAGUUCGUAAGGGGCAUCACAAAAUGGCUUAAUGAAGCAAAACGGGCUUCUGCAAGCUCUGCAGGUCCUGGUUCUCAUUUGAAGUUUAUAGAUGACUUUCACCUGCAAACAAAGAGAGAGCAUACACUAUUGGGGCCAGGCGAUCAAAGUGAUGAGGUGGUUGAGGGUGUUGAAAAUUCCAGGUGGAUCUCAUUCAAAGCAGUACUUAUGUUGUUGCUGGGAACUGUCAUUGCAGCUGCAUUUGCUGAUCCCCUUGUAGAUGCUGUCGAUAACUUCUCUGAUGCAACAAGCAUUCCUACUUUCUUCAUCUCAUUUAUUGCAUUGCCCUUAGCCACCAACUCAAGCGAAGCUGUUUCAGCAAUUAUCUUUGCUAGCAGGAAAAAGCUCAGAACUGCUUCGUUAACAUUCUCUGAGGUAUACGGGGCAGUAACCAUGAACAACAUCCUCUGUCUCGCCGUUUUCUUAGCUAUUGUUUACGUCAGGGGAUUGACUUGGGACUUCUCGUCUGAAGUGUUGGUUAUUCUUAUCGUCUGUAUUGUGAUGGGUGCUUUGGGCAGCUUCCGCACGACUUUCCCUCUUUGGACAUGUUUCGUGGCUUAUCUCCUUUACCCAUUUUCACUUGCUCUGGUUUAUGUUCUCGACUAUUGUCUUGGUUGGUCAUAGAUGUAUAAGGAAGUCAUAAGCUCAGGACUCUGAGAAUGUUUGAUGUAUUUUGCGUUUGUGUGCUGUGAGUGGGACUGUAUCAGGGUUUCAAAUUCUCGCUUAGGAGUUGAGAGAUUUUUGAAGAACCAGGAAUCCAAAUUAAUUGCUGACAUUUACCUAUCCAAGAUACACAUGCUUCUGUUAUUCUGUAUUUGGAUUCCUUUUAAAGGUUUGCUUGAAAACUUGAAUAUUUCUGAUCUUGGCUACGAUUAUUGCUAGUA